AUGCCACCACCAGUCUACGCUCCACCAGUUGAGCCGACAGCCCUUCCAGUAUACGCUCCACCAGCAGAGGACGUUCCCACUGAGGCUCCGUUCGUGCCACCUGUGGAGGAGCCUACAACUAUGCCACCACCAGUCUACGCUCCACCUGUGGAACUGCCCACUGAAGCUCCCACUGAGCCACCAACCGAAGAGCCUACGACUCUGCCGCCAGUAGAAGCAACCACUCUGCCCGUCUACGCUCCACCAGCAGAGGUCCCCACUGAGGCUCCGUUCGUGCCACCUGUCGAAGAACCCACCACUCUGCCACCGGUAGAGACUACUGCUGCUCCAGCCGAAGACGUUCCAGUGAAUCCUUACGCCCCUCCAGUUGAAGAGAAGCUCACCACCCUUCCACCAGUACCAGUCACGCCGGAAUACGUUCCACCUGCAGCACCAGUCCAAGACGUACCUGUGACAACUGCUCCUCCACCACCACCACCGACAACUAUCAAGUACGUGCUAAACCAUGAAGCCGCUGAGAAGUAUUGGGCAACUGCGACGUUCCCCACAACGACGAAAGCUCCAGUGGUUGUUCAGCCACCCCAAGAUGUUCCAGUCGGCUACGCACCUCCGCCGGCGCCAGUACCAAUUCCUGCGCUUGAAGACAUUGUGAUUCCGAAACCGAAGGAGGUGGAGAAGCCCAUACACCAAUCGCGCCUCCACUCCCUCUUCAUGUUAAGCCAGUUGUUCCGAAGCCGAUGCCUAAGCCCAUUCUUGAUGAGCCAUUGA